UGGCUCCGUAGCCAUUGUGGCUCAAGGUUUCUUGGGCCAGGCAGGCUCGGCGAGGCCGGACGGCCAAGACAGGGACACCCGCAGCAGUAGCAGCCACGGAAAGCCAUUCGCAUCUCAAUGCGGAGGAGCUGCUCCACAGGAUGCAUGGCCAGCUAUUGCGGCUGCUAGCUCAGCAUGUUGGUGGUUCCCCUGAGGGCAUUGCUAGUGCAGCCCGUCAGUUACGUCGCGAUGGCAAGCUCAGCGGGAAGAUCUGCAAGACGAUCGUCAUGGUGGACGAGGCGUAACACCUCACCCGCCACAUCACGGACAAGAGGGCCAGCGACUUCUAUGCCACUGUAGUCAAGGAUCUGAAUGACAACGAGCAUCCGAAGGUCAAGCCCGUUCCUUUCACUCCAGGAGGCAGGCGGACCGUUCAGAACGCACAUGUUGCCUCCACUUGUGCGGAUUCGCUGAGCGGUGGGGAGCUGCUUGAGAACACCACCAACCACGGCAGCGUCAACGACAGCAGCAGCGCUAUGCGUACCAAGGUCUUCAACAACGGGAACGACGUCCGUGAGCAGUGCGCCCAGACGGUUGACAUGGACACGCUCAUGUACGAUGGGAUCUUGGACCGCUUACACGAACUGCAAUCGAUCAUGGUAGGGGCGCGAGCCGAUGUUCUGUCAAUGUGUGGUCAGUCGGCUGCUGGGCCAGGUUCUGAAGAAAUCCAGCUUACCAAUGUGGAUUUCGGGUGCUCCCCGCGCCUGAUGGGAAGCGAUGGGCCCACAGAGGAGGUGACGACCACGCAGACUGAGGAGGAGCAUGACCCUUUCGCAGACCAUCUUUCGCAGCACCGUGUCACGGUUUCAGAGCGCGAGAAGAAUGCGAAGUUGAUACAAGUCCUUCGUUCUACAUCUUGUUAUCGGGCGGUCGCGUUCGUUUAGUCGAACAGGCGUGCCGUAGCAUUGUCAGAAAUCCUUCGGGAGCUCAAAUUUGACGCUCGCUCCAUCUAUUAUGAUGGGGGUUCCGGUCCCGACUCCGAGUCGGGCGGCUCAAUCCAAGAGGUGGCGCAGAGCUUUGGGCCCGCUACGAGCAUCCUGGUGGCAUCGGCAGAAGCUCGGGCCCUAACAUCAGAUACCAUCAGGCCGAGCCUGCUCAUUAACUACGACAUGCCUUAUGACGCUGAAUCCUAUCUGGGUCGCAUAGGCCCCAAGGGCCACAUAAGCCAGGACCGGGUGGCCAUGUCCUUCGCGACCAGUUCUGGCGCCACGGUGCACUUGGAGAUUCAGGAGGAAACGCACGCGAACCGAAUGGCGUUGCCACCCAGUUGUGAUGGGCAGCAGCGUGGAGUGACAGCUAGGGGUGAGAGGGUAAGAGAGCACUCGCAUCCCACUGCCUUGGAUGCCCAUCGCUAGCGGUCUGCUGUUGAGUGCUCGAACCUCUUGUUUGCCCCUCUUUUCCUUCCCUAUCCUUCCUUCUUAAUCACUAUCCUCUAGCUCCCCCCAUUUACCUCUACCACUUCCAGAGUUUUCAGCACUCUGCUAGUCUGGGGGAGGUGGGGGAGCGGAGGCUUUAGAGUAUUAUGGUGCGUGCUUGCGCGCGCGCUGCGCGUGGGAGUUGCGCGCGUGUUUUUUUGUUUUUUGCGGGAGUGCCCCCCCCCUCCCCAUCCCCCCGCAGUUGUUGCGCGUUUGGGGAGCACCUAACUAGGACAUGUUGUCGUAAUGGCGCUUGCUUAUUUUAGGCCAACAGUGCUUCUAAGCAGUCCAGAGAGCGAGGCUGUCGCGCUCGGGUUUUCCUAAACAGCGAAGCGGUGGGUCGGUGGGUCCUCUAUUCAAUUUCGCUUCAGCCUUAUUCCACGAUGCGGGGGUUCUUCGCUGUUUCAGCGAGCGGAACCACACUCAGCACCUGCCCAACUACCUGAGAGCAGGUCCCCACCCUGGAGGAGAGGGAGGCGGGGGUCACAGGCGGGGGCGGGAGUGUGGAGGACCCUUUCCCCGCUACUGCGUGCCCCUGCUGCCGACCACAACUUCGGUCAGGCAACCCAGAGGCAUCCGUCGCCUCUGCACCUCCAUUUCUCCCCUUCUCACGGGCGGUUUGAGCUGUCUUCGCUUUAUUGCUCUGUGCUCGCUGACCCGCCAUGUCUCGGUUGUCCCGGUUGAUGAGAGCGCGGAACCGUGCGCCGAAACAAUUCGCAGCAGCGAGUUUUGAGGCGGAGGUGGGAUGAGAGCAGCGAGGGAGGCGGACGACGUCGGUCGGCCAAGUCUUCGCGCGGGUGUGCCGCGUGCCCGAAGGAGGCCCUCGCCCAGCACCGGGGACAUCCCCAGAAGGGGCCCACGGUGGCCACAGGGGCAUACUGAUGCCGUCGUAUCCGGCGCGUUGACGAGCGGGGUGGAUGAGUAGGUCGGUCGGGUGCUCAAGCAGUGGCGAGGCGUCCCAGCCCGCCUGCAGGCCCACGAGCGCACGUUCUAAGAACCCCUCGUGGCCUGCGCGAGAUUUUCUUGCUCAGAGCAUUUCUGGUUGAGACCGUCAUAAGAAUGUGGCUUUUGUAGUGCGGUCGCAGCCCGUGAUUAGAUGGUCGUGAAUUGAUCAGGCUUACUAAACUGACCGAGUCACCCGAGCCGUUAGAUGGCAGUUUUAUCUCCGAAAGUUUGGGAUACUUCGCUG